UCGCCGCCUCCUGUUGGUGUUUCCUGGGGGGGUCAUUCCACUGUUGGGUGGCACCUCAGCCAGCGCUUGAGCCAAGGAAACAGAAGACGAGACCCGAGGGGUUGGUCCUGCGCUGUCUCGCGCUGUCUCGAUGCGCCCGCUUGGGCCGCUCCCGCGCUGAGAGUCCGAGGCGCCCGCGAGCCUGCCCGCCAUGUCUCAGAUGCUGCACAUUGAGAUCCCCAACUUCGGGAACACCGUGCUCGGCUGCCUCAACGAGCAGCGCCUGCUGGGCCUCUACUGCGAUGUGUCCAUCGUGGUCAAGGGCCAGGCCUUCAAGGCCCACCGGGCCGUGCUGGCUGCCAGCAGCCUCUACUUCCGCGACCUGUUCAGCGGCAACAGCAAGAGCGCCUUCGAGCUGCCCGGCACCGUGCCGCCCGCCUGCUUCCAGCAGAUCCUAUCCUUCUGCUACACGGGCAGGCUGACCAUGGCGGCCAGCGAGCAGCUCGUGGUCAUGUACACGGCCGGCUUCCUGCAGAUCCAGCACAUCGUGGAGCGCGGCACUGACCUCCUGUUCAAGGUGAGCUCGCCCCACUGCGACUCGCAGACGGCCGUGAUGGAGGACGCCAGCUCCGAGCCCCAGAGCCCCUGCACUCAGCUGCAGCCGGCUGCGCCCGGGCCCCCCUACGUCAUGUCCCCCUCUGUGCCCAUCCCGCUGCUGACCCGCGUGAAGCACGAAGCCACGGAGCCGCUGCCCGCCACCGGCCCGGGCCUGGCGCCCAAGCGCCCGCUGGAGUCCGGGUCCCGGGACGGCGCUGCGGUGGCGGCGGGCGCCGCGGUGGCGGCCGGCGCGGCCCCUCUCAAGCUGCCCCGGGUCUCCUACUACGGGGUGCCCAGCCUGGCCACCCUCAUCCCCAGCAUCCAGCAGGUGCCCUACUCCCAGGGCGAGCGGACCAGCCCGGGGGCCAGCAGCCUGCCCACUACCGACAGCCCCACCUCCUACCACAACGAGGAGGACGACGAGGACGAGGCCUAUGACACGAUGGCAGAGGAGCAGUACGGCCAGAUGUAUGUCAAGGCCACGGGCAGCUACGCAGUGCAAGAGAAGCCAGAGCCGGUGCCGCUGGAGAGCCGCUCCUGCGUCCUCAUCCGCCGCGACCUCGUCGCCCUGCCCGCCAGCCUCAUCAGCCAGAUCGGGUACCGCUGCCACCCCAAGCUCUACUCGGAGGGGGAUCCCGGCGAGAAGCUGGAGCUGGUGGCAGGCUCCGGCGUCUACAUCACGCGUGGCCAGCUGAUGAACUGCCACCUGUGCGCGGGGGUGAAGCACAAGGUGCUGCUGCGCAGGCUCCUCGCUACCUUCUUCGACAGGAACACGCUGGCCAACAGCUGCGGCACAGGCAUCCGGUCGUCCACCAGUGACCCGAGCCGCAAGCCACUGGACAGCCGAGUCCUCAACGCUGUGAAACUGUACUGCCAGAACUUCGCACCCAGCUUCAAGGAGAGCGAGAUGAAUGUGAUCGCCGCAGACAUGUGCACCAACGCCCGCCGCGUCCGGAAGCGCUGGCUGCCCAAGAUCAAGUCCAUGCUGCCCGAGGGCGUGGAGAUGUACCGCACGGUCAUGGGCUCCUCAGCCGCCAGUGUGCCCCUCGACCCUGAGUUCCCGCCCGCCACGGCGCAGGUGUUCGACCAGCGCCUGUACGCCGAGCGGCGGGCGGACGCGGCCGCCAUCGUGGCCCUGAGAACUGACGCCGUGAAUGUCGACCUGGGCACCCCCGCCAACCCCGCCUUCGAAGCUGGCGAGGAGGCGGAAGGGGCCGGCUCCGUCAUCCAGGAGGUGGCGGCGCCCGAGCCGCUGCCCCCCGCCGGCCAGAGCCCCCCGCAGCCCUUCGAGCAGGGGAGCGGCAGCUCCAGCCGGCCCCAGACGCCUGCAGCCCGGAGACCCGAGGGCCCCUACGCGGGGACCUUGUAGAGGGCCGGCCGAGCGCACCAGGGACCGGUACUAGCUGCUUGCAUGCGUUACUAAUACAGACAAAUGUGAUCAAGCCACUUACCUACUGAACUGCUGUUGCCUGAAAAAAAUGUGAUUUUUAUUCUGCUUGUAUUUAAAAUUUAUGAAGGAAACAUGCAUUCGUGACACUGUAAACAAUUAGACCACUGGCUGCCGAGUUGCGGGAAAGGCCUCAGGGCCCUUCUCAUGCUCGAGGUCAGUCUCCAAGUGUAGCUCCCCCUUCUCAGGGAGGGGACGGGAGGCCGCCGAGCCCCGGCCCUGCCCGCGCCUCCCCCCUUCCUGCCCCUCUGCCAUGACGAAGCCAGGGGCCUGUGGCUUGGGGACCCUUGUCCUUACCCAUGAGGAACCCCCCGCCGCUCCGGGGCCACGGCCAGGGCUGGGCCCCCAGGGGCCAAAUUCUUUUGUUUUUUUCCUUC